AUGGCUACAAUCACCAUCAUCACCACCACCAUUACCAUCACCACCAUCAUCAUCAUCACCAUCAUCAACACCAUCAUCAUCACCACCACCACCAUCACUACCAUCAUCAUCACCACCAUCAACACCUUUACCAACAUUAUCAUCACUGUCAUCGUCAUCAACAUCGCCACCAUCACCAUCAUCACUGUCAUCAACACUACCACCAUCACCAUCAUCAACACCAUCAUCAUCAUCACCACCACCAUCACUACCAUCAUCAUCACCACCAUCAACACCUUUACCAACAUUAUCAUCACUGUCAUCGUCAUCAACAUCGCCACCAUCACCAUCAUCACUGUCAUCAACACUACCACCAUCACCAUCAUCAACACCAUCAUCAUCAUCACCACCAUCACUACCAUCAUCAUCACCACCAUCAACACCUUUACCAACAUUAUCAUCACUGUCAUCAUCAUCAACAUCGCCACCAUCACCAUCAUCACUGUCAUCAACACUACCACCAUCACCAUCAUCAACACCAUCAUCAUCAUCACCACCACCAUCACUACCAUCAACACCAUCAUCAUCAUCACCACCACCAUCACUACCAUCAUCAUCACCACCAUCAACACCUUUACCAACAUUAUCAUCACUGUCAUCGUCAUCAACAUCGCCACCAUUACCAUCAUCACUGUCAUCAACACUACCACCAUCACCAUCAUCAACACCAUCAUCAUCAUCACCACCACCAUCACUACCAUCAACACCAUCAUCAUCAUCAACACCUUUACCAACAUUCUCAUCACUGUCAUUGUCAUCAACAUCACCACCAUCACCAUCAUCACUGUCAUCAACACUACCACCAUCACCAUCAUCAACACCAUCAUCAUCAUCACCACCACCAUCACUACCAUCAACACCAUCAUCAUCAUCACCACCACCAUCACUACCAUCAUCAUCACCACCAUCAACACCUUUACCAACAUUAUCAUCACUGUCAUCGUCAUCAACAUCACCACCAUCACCAUCAUCACUGUCAUCAACACCACCACCAUCACCAUCAUCAACACCAUCAUCAUCACCACCACCACCAUCACUACCAUCAUCAUCACCACCAUCAACACCUUUACCAACAUUAUCAUCACUGUCAUCGUCAUCAACAUCGCCACCAUCACCAUCAUCACUGUCAUCAACACUACCACCAUCACCAUCAUCAACACCAUCAUCAUCAUCACCACCACCAUCACUACCAUCAUCAUCACCACCAUCAACACCUUUACCAACAUUCUCAUCACUGUCAUUGUCAUCAACAUCACCACCAUCACCAUCAUCACUGUCAUCAACACUACCACCAUCACCAUCAUCAACACCAUCAUCAUCAUCACCACCACCAUCACUACCAUCAACACCAUCAUCAUCAUCACCACCACCAUCACUACCAUCAUCAUCACCACCAUCAACACCUUUACCAACAUUAUCAUCACUGUCAUCGUCAUCAACAUCACCACCAUCACCAUCAUCACUGUCAUCAACACCACCACCAUCACCAUCAUCAACACCAUCAUCAUCACCACCACCACCAUCACUACCAUCAUCAUCACCACCAUCAACACCUUUACCAACAUUAUCAUCACUGUCAUCAUCAUCAACAUCGCCACCAUCACCAUCAUCACUGUCAUCAACACUACCACCAUCACCAUCAUCAACACCAUCAUCAUCAUCACCACCACCAUCACUACCAUCAACACCAUCAUCAUCAUCACCACCACCAUCACUACCAUCAUCAUCACCACCAUCAACACCUUUACCAACAUUAUCAUCACUGUCAUCGUCAUCAACAUCACCACCAUCACCAUCAUCACUGUCAUCAACACCACCACCAUCACCAUCAUCAACACCAUCAUCAUCACCACCACCACCAUCACUACCAUCAUCAUCACCACCAUCAACACCUUUACCAACAUUAUCAUCACUGUCAUCAUCAUCAACAUCACCACUAUCACCAUCAUCACUGUCAUCAACACUACCACCAUCACCAUCAUCAACACCAUCAUCAUCAUCACCACCACCAUCACUACCAUCAUCAUCACCACCAUCAACACCUUUACCAACAUUAUCAUCACUGUCAUCGUCAUCAACAUCACCACCAUCACCAUCAUCACUGUCAUCAACACCACCACCAUCACCAUCAUCAACACCAUCAUCAUCACCACCACCACCAUCACUACCAUCAUCAUCACCACCAUCAACACCUUUACCAACAUUAUCAUCACUGUCAUCAUCAUCAACAUCGCCACCAUCACCAUCAUCACUGUCAUCAACACUACCACCAUCACCAUCAUCAACACCAUCAUCAUCAUCACCACCACCAUCACUACCAUCAACACCAUCAUCAUCAUCACCACCACCAUCACUACCAUCAACACCAUCAUCAUCAUCACCACCACCAUCACUACCAUCAUCAUCACCACCAUCAACACCUUUACCAACAUUAUCAUCACUGUCAUCGUCAUCAACAUCGCCACCAUUACCAUCAUCACUGUCAUCAACACUACCACCAUCACCAUCAUCAACACCAUCAUCAUCAUCACCACCACCAUCACUACCAUCAACACCAUCAUCAUCAUCAACACCUUUACCAACAUUCUCAUCACUGUCAUUGUCAUCAACAUCACCACCAUCACCAUCAUCACUGUCAUCAACACUACCACCAUCACCAUCAUCAACACCAUCAUCAUCAUCACCACCACCAUCACUACCAUCAACACCAUCAUCAUCAUCACCACCACCAUCACUACCAUCAUCAUCACCACCAUCAACACCUUUACCAACAUUAUCAUCACUGUCAUCGUCAUCAACAUCACCACCAUCACCAUCAUCACUGUCAUCAACACCACCACCAUCACCAUCAUCAACACCAUCAUCAUCACCACCACCACCAUCACUACCAUCAUCAUCACCACCAUCAACACCUUUACCAACAUUAUCAUCACUGUCAUCGUCAUCAACAUCGCCACCAUCACCAUCAUCACUGUCAUCAACACUACCACCAUCACCAUCAUCAACACCAUCAUCAUCAUCACCACCACCAUCACUACCAUCAUCAUCACCACCAUCAACACCUUUACCAACAUUCUCAUCACUGUCAUUGUCAUCAACAUCACCACCAUCACCAUCAUCACUGUCAUCAUCACCACCACCAUCACCAUCAUCAACACCAUCAUCAUCAUCACCACCACCAUCACUACCAUCAUCAUCACCACCAUCAACACCUUUACCAACAUUAUCAUCACUGUCAUCGUCAUCAACAUCACCACCAUCACCAUCAUCACUGUCAUCAACACCACCACCAUCACCAUCAUCAACACCAUCAUCAUCACCACCACCACCAUCACUACCAUCAUCAUCACCACCAUCAACACCUUUACCAACAUUAUCAUCACUGUCAUCAUCAUCAACAUCACCACUAUCACCAUCAUCACUGUCAUCAACACUACCACCAUCACCAUCAUCAACACCAUCAUCAUCACCACCACCACCAUCACUACCAUCAUCAUCACCACCAUCAACACCUUUACCAACAUUAUCAUCACUGUCAUCAUCAUCAACAUCGCCACCAUCACCAUCAUCACUGUCAUCAACACCAUCAUCAUCAUCACCACCACCAUCACUACCAUCAUCAUCACCACCAUCAACACCUUUACCAACAUUAUCAUCACUGUCAUCGUCAUCAACAUCGCCACCAUCACCAUCAUCACUGUCAUCAACACUACCACCAUCACCAUCAUCAACACCAUCAUCAUCAUCACCACCACCAUCACUACCAUCAACACCAUCAUCAUCAUCACCACCACCAUCACUACCAUCAUCAUCACCACCAUCAACACCUUUACCAACAUUAUCAUCACUGUCAUCGUCAUCAACAUCACCACCAUCACCAUCAUCACUGUCAUCAACACCACCACCAUCACCAUCAUCAACACCAACACCAUCAUCAUCCUUAAGGUUAUCUCAGAAGAUUUAGUGUCAAUCAAGACAGACCAAUAG